AUGUAAUUAUAUUGGAACAUUAUUUUAAAUUUGCCAAAGAGAGUAAUCAAAAUUGCAAAAAGAAAUUCCUUUCGAAAUCAAAUCAAUCCUUAUGGGUCCUAAUAUAAUUGUUUAAUUAAAAGGAUCAAAUUACUAUGCAGGAGUUCAGUUUCUCAUAGCCUUGUUUGA